UUUGUUACUUCUAUCACAUCAUGAAAUCGUCAUUUGAAAAAUGAGUCUGUUAGUAAUAUAGAGUAAACCAGCUUCCUAGGGUAAUUGACAAUACAUUGCGAAAAUUUCGAAUUCGAAAAGAAUCAACUAGUAUUACACUUUGUUUGAAGUUCCCGCCAGAGAGAGUUACUUUCGAUUUCCUUAAACCGACCCGUUUAUAAUUCUAUGCGCAUGCUUUGUAUACCUCUUUUGGAUUACAUUUCAUCUUGUUCACAUCUUGUAAGGUUGAAAACCAACAUAAUUAAAAUGGCCGAUAUUGAUGACACACACUUUGAGACUGGAGACUCUGGAGCCUCAGCAACUUUUCCUAUGCAAUGUUCAGCCUUACGUAAAAAUGGUUUCGUUAUGUUGAAAUCCAGACCAUGCAAGAUCGUUGAAAUGUCAACAUCCAAAACUGGUAAACACGGACAUGCUAAAGUACAUUUGGUCGGCAUCGAUAUCUUCUCAGGUAAAAAAUAUGAAGAUAUAUGUCCCUCUACACACAACAUGGACGUACCUCACGUUAAACGUGAAGAUUACCAGUUGACUGAUAUUUCUGAUGACGGAUAUUUAUCUCUCAUGUCAGACAACGGAGAACUACGUGAAGAUCUCAAAGUCCCAGACGGUGAGGUAGGCGCCCAACUCAGAAAUGAGUAUGAUGCCGGUAAAGAUAUACUCUGCACAGUACUGAAAUCUUGCGGAGAAGAGGUGGUGAUUGCAGUAAAGACAAAUACUGCCUUGGAUAAAUAAUAAUGGACAGGAAAGAUGGUGGGGGCUAAGAUCGAACGUCAUCUUGUCCAGUGGGUCCCUGCUUUAUGUUAUCUGAAAUAUAUUAUCGUAUUGGACCAUCAGUUAUCAACAGCUUACUUAUGUAACGCCCUAUCGACUGGCAAGAUGUUGAUGUGGUGUAUACAUCUUCUGUAAUUUGUUGGCUAAAUUAAAAUGCAAAGCUACAUUUGUUCAAUAAAAUUAAUUUAAUUUUAACCCUAUGUAAAUUUUUUUUAUCUUUUACCAUCUUUUUUGGAACCACCUUUUUCUCACAUCAUGCUUUCGAGUAUUUUUUGUAUCAUAGAUUAUGGGUUCCGUUUUUUUUUACUACUGAAUAAGAAUUAGGUGAUUCUAGAUAAUUGUUGACAAUUCAUUGGAUCAAAAUAAAGUAGCAUUUUUAAA